AUGGACGGCGCAACCUGUAAGUGGAGUCAAGUGGAGAGAAUAGACAGGAACCGCCUGGGCUCUGGAACACUGGGCCAGCAAGCCAGCCUUGGGCUUUGCUGGGCCACGGCGGUGAUUUUCCCCUUUGAAACCCUUACGUUUUUUUCAUCAUCUUCUCACCUUUUCAUUUUCAUUUUCUUUUUUUGUGUUUGGGGCCUUCCUGUUCCUGAAAGUGAGCUUGGCGUUUACCGAAAUUACCCAGAGUCUCGCUGGCCACUCACAAUCAGCUCUCGGGCACCAGCCGGUGGGCCAUCAAACCUUCCCCCCCGGUCAGGUACACCAAUCAGCAGGUGCUGCGCUGCCGAACCAUUGCCACAAUUUGGCCUACCAGGGAAUGUCUCAUGUCGGAUCUCAAUGUUGGCCUGCAGUAGGGAGGGAGGACUGUACAGAUCCUCUAGUGAGUCCUGCUCACCGUUCCAGUCUGUUCUGACGGGCGGUAAAGAUAUUUUCAGCCCCCGAAACCAUGCCCCAGUCAGUCUACUUCUCUCAUCAAGUGUUCCAUAA